AGGAACUUCAAGCAUUAAGAGAACGUGCCGAAUAAUAGACGUGCUGGUCUCAACUGAUUCGACGAAAACCUCGAAGCAUGAAGGAAGGAAAUGGUCUGCCUCCCGCCACGAAAGUCACCUUCGCUGCUGCGGAUGACGACGUCGUGGUGACGCUGGACGACAUUGAACGCCUCGCAAACGCCAGCCUGAAUCCGCGGUACUUCGUCUACUACAACUGUGGUGCAGAGCAGGAGCAGACGCUUCGGGAGAACAAGUCGGCUUUCAUGAGGUUACGCCUGCGUCCACGGGUGCUAAUGGGCGUCGCGGUGAGGAACACGGAGGUGACCCUACUCGGAGACCAGAAGCUCUCCCUCCCCGUGGGCAUCUCGCCCACAGCAGCUCACACGGGAGCCCACCCGGAUGGUGAAGUGGCUACCGCAAAGGCUGCACAGAAUGCGAGGACCGUAAUGGUUCUGAGCACCUUUUGUGGCACCUCCAUCGAAGACGUCCGGAGCGCGGUUCCCGAUGGGCUCCGCUGGUUCCAGCUGUCCAUCUACAAGGACCGCGACUUUACCAGGAGUCUCAUGGAGCGCGCCGAACAAGCGGGCUUCAAGGCACUCGUGAUGACCGUGGACGUGCCCGUGCCGGGACUCUGGAUAAAAAUGAGAAAGGCAGCGAGCAACAGCAUUAUCACCGUAUUGGGCGCGCCCGGGAUGCCCCGUGCGGAAACUUGGAAUGGCCUUUAUCGCGAUGUUCUCGAUGCCUCCGUGACCUGGGAUGACGUCACCUGGCUCAAGAGCAUCAGCAAGUUGCCCGUGAUUGCGAAGGGGAUUCUGACAGCCGAAGACGCCGAGGAAGCUGUCAAGCACGGGGUCUCGGCCAUCUUGGUUUCUAACCAUGGUGGACGACAACUGGAUGGCGUCCCGUCAACAAUCGAAGCCCUCCCCGAAGUCGUGAGGGCGGUUCGGGGUCGUGUCGAGGUCUACGUGGACGGAGGCGUGCGUCGAGGUACGGACGUCGUCAAGGCGCUGGCCCUGGGAGCCAGGGCGGUCUUCGUCGGACGACCCGUCCUCUGGGGGCUGGCGUACAACGGUCAAGCCGGCGUGAGCAGGAUGCUGGAAAUACUAAGGGAGGAGUUGGAUCGGGCACUCGCGCUGAUGGGCUGUUCUUCCGUCGAUCAACUCCGGCCCGAGAUGGUUGUCCACCAACAGUACUACUCCGAUCUCCUGAAAAGACCGCAGAUGCAUCCGUGACGGUGCUGAUAGAGAAGAAGUGAAAGCUCGGGGCUCGAAAUAUUUGUGUCGUUGAAAGAGAAUAAUAAUAAUAAAAAAAAAUCUGGAACUCAGG